AUGCGUUCGGCUUCAAAAACACACACUGCUCUCCUGUUGAUUGACAUUCAAGAAGGCUUCAAACAUCCAACGCACUGGGGCUCUUCUCGCAGUACACCAUUGUUCGAACAAAAUGUCAGUCAACUCCUUCAUGCAGCCCGCGAGCACAACAGCAACAUCGCCUCUUCAAAAUCCACUGGGAAUCCGGUAUCCAUAAUUCAUGUUCAUCACCACUCCACUCAUCCUGCGUCCGCAUUACACCCGUCGCACUUCCUCGAAGGCUCGUCCGUACCCUCCGUAACGCCACUACCGUUCGCCGCACCUCUGGACUCCGAACCGGUUCUAGUCAAACACUUCAACAGCGGCUUCAUAGGCACGAAUCUAGAGUCGAUGCUCAGGUCUGCCGGGAUUCGUCAGCUUGUAGUUGUAGGAUUGACUACCGAUCACUGCGUGAGCACCACUGUCCGCAUGGCGGCGAACUUGCAGGUUCUCGGUGACGAAGGCGGGCCUGAUGGGAAUGGGCAUGAUGUGCAUGGGGUCGUUCUCGUUCGGGAUGCUGUUGCUACUUAUGAAAAGGGCGGCUUUGACGCAGAGACUGUGCAUGCAGUCAGUUUAGCCAGCUUGCAUGAGGAGUUUGCGCAGGUGGUGGGCACUCGAGAUGUGCUAGAUAAAGUGUUGGGAGGGGACGUCCAAGACUAA